AAUACAACUACGUUAAAUACGAACACAUGGCUGUGUUUUUUUAACGGAAAAAUGGCAAAAGAAUUCGAUGAGAAUCGUUGGUUUAAUCUGACUCUUCGAGGACUCUUGAACGAAAUUGAAAAAUGCUGCACAAGUAAAAAGGAAGUCACAGAAGAUUUACUUGCGAGUAUCCACACAUUGUUUCCCAUUCACUCUAUCACAGCCCUAGAUCUCAUCGACCAUCGGAGUGUAUCUCUAUUGACAAGUCCUUCGGGUAGAAAAAUUUACUCUUGUCUAGGAAGUUUGGGGACGCCCUACCUCAUUUGCUACACUGGAUUUACUUGCACUUGCCCAUCGUUCCGGCACAACUUUAACAUCGAAAAUCUCUGGUGUAAACAUCUACUGGCGCUUCAACUAAGCCUCGCAAUGGGCGUUGUUCAAGUGAAGGAAGUCUCAGAGGAAAUAAUGAUGACUAUGUUGAAUGAACUAGUCAUGUGUCAUGAAUGAAAUAUUUGAGCAAGACAUUCUUAGAACUUUCUAAUUAGAAAAGUUCCCAGAAGUCUAGUCUAAAGAAUGCAAAAGAAUUGCAAACCAAUAAACUUCUAUUUCUGA